AAUAAUUAUUUCUUAUCUAAACCUAAUUAACGUGUCUUCCAUAACGAAUCUUAAACUUAUAUAAUAUGCUUCAGUUCACUGCACAAAACACAGAAAGCAACGUCCGAUUUUUCUACUUAUAAUUCUAAAUCGAUUUCUAGAUUUUUCGAAGAAUUGUACCUACAGAAAUCGCGUAUACAUGAUACAUAUAUAAAUAACACAUGUACUAUAACACAACAUAUUUUGCCAAUACAUAAGGACCGUCAGAGCCGCACAGCAUCAAACAUGACGUCGUUUUGUCUGAACUCUGUGAUCUUGAUGACCAUUACCACGGUUAUAGUGGCGCACGCCGCAUCCACCGGGAUGACCGCCUUCAAUAACAGAUCGGGCAGUGAUAUACAUAUGGCCCAAAGAGACUACAACGAAAACAAAGCUGAUAAAGCUGAAGGUUUUUUUUUUACUAUCACAAAUUUUUUCAGUCGCAGAAAACACGAUGACGAUAAACCGGAUUUCAUUACCACUUUCGACAUAAUCAGGCUUUUGGACGAGAAAUACGCUAUGAAACAAUUCUAUUGCGUCAUCAACAAGGAGCCUUGUGACGCCACCGGAUUGAGGCUCAAAGCUACUAUACCCGAAGAAAUAAACAAUGAUUGUGAGCGCUGUACAGCAACAGAGACCAGCAACAUCCGACGAAUUUUGAAUUACGUGAAAAAACACUAUCCAGAAUUUUGGGAUCGUGUCGAACCAAUUUAUAGAAAUAAUAUGACAGCUUAAACAACUAAUAUCGUUAAAAUAUAAUAAAAUAAUUAAUAACAACAUAAAUAACAACACGUUUUUCACAAAUAAUUAAUAUUUAUUUUAACAGAAACAUAUUAUAUCUAAUUUUUUUAAGCACAUAAUUAAAUUAUAUUAAAAUACCUUAAGUAGACAGAAAUACAUUAUUCGUUUUGUACUUUUUCAAAUACAACGGGAAGUGCACAGGAAAAAUGUAAGAAAUAAAGAAUGAAACGAAU